AUGAGUAUGAUAGGUGAAGAGCUCACGUACUUUGCUCCCGGCCUUUUCUACCAGUGGAUUAUAGGCCCAGCUGUACAUGUAAGUGUCCACCAUAUCACUGUUAACGUUCUUGAAUUUCUUAUACCCGGAAAAUUUUUCGUAAGAUCUAAUGACCACCCACAACGCCUGUUCGGCCCAUUUCACGCGGAACCCACGGGUGAUCUACUGCCUGCUCGUGGAGACUGCUUGGUCUUCCAGAACUUUGGAUGGGUUUGCGACUUCUUCUACCUUAAUGAAUGCGUCCGUCACAUAAUUAAUUAA